AAUUCAAUUUUUUUCUUUUUUUCUUGUUUCUCUUCUUUUUUGUUUUUCUUUCUUUUUGUCUUCCUUCUUUUUUUUUCUUUUUAUUCAAAUUACGUUACGAAAAAUCGAAAAAUCGUCGUCGGUGUUAAGAAGAGACGAGUGAACGCGAUGAAUUUACCAUGAUCACGAGAAAAAAAUUGGCUAUUCAGGUGUUGCCCAGAGGCGAACAACGUCACGCGUUGGAUUCGAAGGAGAAAGCUCGGUUCACACCGAACUCUCACGUUCUUUCUGUCUCUCUCCCACUCUCUCUCUCUCUCUCUCUCUCUCUCUUUCUCUCUUUCUCUCUCUCUCUCUCUUUUUCUUUUAACUGAUAUUGGUGAACACCACACUGAUCGUUCGUGAAUACGCACACGCGUUUAGUAUGUCAGGUUACAUACACGGUAUGUAGUAAUAUAAUCGUGUCUGCAGAAGCGUCAAUCGCGAGAGAGUAACAACGUAGCGAUUCAGUGUUACGAUUCUAUACCACGUGAUUAUUUAAUGGCGAGUACCUACGAAAUACGACUUUUUACGAAUACUUUAUUACAUCUUAUCUCUUCGUUCAUUUCUUCUUUUCUCUUUCUUUCUCUUUCUCUUUAUAUCCCGUUCGAUGCGAUGGUAAAGUAAAAACAUAAUGAAAAAAAGAGAAAGAAAGAAAAAAAUAAAAAAAAAGAUAAAAAAGUAUAGAGAAGAUAAAAAAAGAAGGUAGAAUAGAAAUUGCUGACAGGUUUCUCGAGUCUAAGGAUUCAAGAGAAAGAGAAAAAGAAAGAGAAAGAAAGAGGAAGAGAGAAAAAGAGAGAGAAAUAGAAAUAAACAAUAAUUUCUUCGAUCGAUCGGUAAAAUUUAGCCGAGAUCGCGAAUCGAAUAUACGACACUAGGAAAGAAAUAACGAAUCGCCGAAAGACGAGCGAUUGCGAUUGCGAUUGCGAUUGCUAUUGCUAUUGCGCUUGCUUACGGCUUGAAUGUACGAUCGAUAUCGUCACGCCGGCUUGUUAUCUCGUGGUACGGAAAAGGCUGUUAUCCGAACGAGUCGUAUCUAAAAAGCGAAGGUAAAAGUUAAGGGAGAAAGGAACGAUGAGAAAAAUUUCUCAUUUCUUCUCUUUCUUGGGGGAGUCACUACGGAAUAUGAUUUUCUUUUUAUAUUUCUUUUAUUUUUUUUUUUUCGUUUUUAUAUGAAAAAAAUGAGAAAGGGAAAAGAAACGAGUGACCCAUAACUCUGAUAUCUUCUACGGAAAAAGGAAGAAGAAGAAGAAGAAUAAUAUUUGCCGGCAAAGAAUACUGGAAUAGAAGGUAUACGUGUUACAUAGAUAGACGGAAAUAGAAAUAUCUUUCGAAAUAUAUACUUUCGGAUAUACCGAGUGAAAUUUAUUCAAGGUCAAGGAGGAAACAGGAAGGCCAAGAUUUAGGACGUUUCCACAUCCUGUGACAAGGUCCUUAGUUCGAGGUAUACCGACAAAUGGGGAGAAAGAAAGAGAAGGAAAGAGAGCGAGAACAAGAAAAAAAAAGAGAGAGAGAAAAGGAGGGAGAGAAACGGAAGACACAAGUGUCGUCCACUCUUUCGGAGGGUUCCUUCGAAUACGAAGCAAUGGGGAAAGAAAGAGAGAAAGAGAGGAAGAUGACGCAUACGAGACGUGUGUCGUGAGAAAAUACGUUGGAGUAAGCUUGAUCGAUAAAGAAAGAAAGAAAGAAAGAAAGAAAGAAAGAAAGAAAGAAAGAGAAAGACUUCUACAGUGAUCCACAUAUCCAGCCCUAUUGGUAGAGAACGUAGUAAACUCUAACAUAAGAGCUAGAACGACUCGGAAGGUAGGAGCCGUUUAAACGAUUCAACCAUGCGUGAUUCCCCUCUCCUUGGCGCGUGUACUCGUGCUUGAGCGUGUUAUACAGGUGAACACGAGAGAGGAAAAGAGAGAAAUGGAGACGGAGAGAAGAGCGAAACGAGUCUCGUGGAAAAGAGGUAAGAGAGCGGGAGAAAAUAGGAAAAGAGCGAAGGAUUUCUUCGUUGCAGGCCGAUGCCUUCCUAUUUUCUUCUCUCUCUCUCUCUCUCCUUCUCUCUCUUUCGUUCUCUUUCUUUCUCUCUCUUUCUCGUUCUCUUUCUUUCUCUCUCUUUCUCGUUCUCUUUCUUUCUCUCUCAUUUUCUUGAAGAACGUUGGCCUUCGUUAACGGCCAUUCUGCGUUUUAUGUACCAUUGUUCAUUGAUAUCUUAUCGGACAGCAUCGUUAUCGUGUUUCGUGUUCCUUCUCGCGAUCGAGUUUGUGUGGAAAAGAAAAAGAAUAAUUUGUACCCCACCCCCUCCUCCAUUCUACCCCUUCUUCAUCUUCUUAAGAUUUUAUAAUAAUCCAUUAGUAAUCUAAUUUGAAUUUAUAUUCUAUUAGAAUUCAUUAUUCGUUGAAUAUAUCGUUGUUUGAAUUCUUCUUUUUAUUCCCGAUUGAAUAUCUCCUACGUUUUCAAAUCUAAUACAAGAUUGUUGUAUUUAUUUAAUUUUUCUUUUUCAUUUCUUUCUUUUUUUUUUUUUUUUACCUUUGACAUUCAAAUGAAAUAUUAUGUUUUCUUCCCCGCAUCCCCCCACCACUUCCUCCGCGCUGUCCCCUUUAUAUCCACCAUCCAGAUAAUUUCAUUUCCAUUUUAUUCUAUUUAAAUGAGACACUUGUAAAUAAAACUAAUUAAAACCCAAUUAGAAACUUCGAUAAAAGAUGUUUAACUUGAACGAGUUAUCCUUAUCGUGUUCGUUAAAUUAAUUCUAAACAUAUUCAAAUUCCUUCUAACAUGAUCCUCUCGCUUCUCUCUUCCUUUCUUCUGAGAAAGAAAGAAAGAAAGAAAGAAAGAAAGAAAGAAGAAAAAAACAAGGAGGAAAAAAAAAGAGAGAGAGAGAGAGAGAAAAGAAAAAGCCAGAAGAAAGAAAAAGAUAUUCAAUAUUACGGCGUCGAGAGAGACGCGUCAAGGAUAAAAUUUCGUAAGUUUCUAUUCAAAGCGAUAAAUUUUCGAAAUAAAGACUCUUCGAAUAUCAAGAAGACUCAUGGAGAAAAGUAGAAGCUUCGAUCGGUCCUCUUCUUCUUGGAAAGAGAUCAAGAAAGUGGAGUACGCGAGAUGGCACACGUUCUUUCUCUCUCUUUCUCUCUCUCUCUUUCUCUUGCGAGUAUAUACAUUAUAUGUGUAUGUGUGCGUGCGUGUGUGUAUAUAUGUAAGUACCUUCUUCUUGCUGUACCAGAAGAUCUAUCGAGGAUCGAGAGAUCGUCUGACCGGUGACAGUAGCGGCAGCUUGAUAUUCGUCCGACGCGCGCCACGGAGUCCGGCUGAGUAUGGACUUGGAAUAAAUUAUCUCGGCGUCUGUGUCUCUUCUCUUUCAUUCUCUCUCUCUUUUUCUCUCUCUGUCUCUCUUUUUCUUUCUUUUUUUCUCUCUCUUACUCACUCACUCACUCACUCACUCCCACCAUGUCUCCUUCCUCUUUUCAUCCUCGACGAGUCUCCUUUCUUUCUCCGCUACGUCCAUCUUCCUCCCACCCUCUCUUUCCCUCUUUCUCCUUCUUUCUCUUACUCUUUCUCUUACUCUUUCUCUUAUUCUUACUCUUUCUCUUUCCUCAGCUCGAUCGUUCUCCCUCCGUAGUUCGUAAUGAUUUCUCGUGGCGUGGUGGGACGAUACCGGAAGUGAAGUCAGAAUGGCGGAACCAGACGUUCACUCAAUGGAAAGUUAGACUUCUUUCAGUACGCUCGAGAAGUGGUCACAUUGUUCUUCGAUCUUGAGGGAUCUUUUGGGGUUUUAAGGGAAAAAAACGAAAUAAAAAAGAAAAAAGAAAAGAGAAAAAGAAAAGAGAAAAAAAAAGAAAGAAAGAAAUCGAAAUUAUAUCCUCGAAAUCUUGUCGGAUUGGAGAAAAAUUGUGUUGGGAUAUACGUUUUAACGCAUCGUUUCGUUCUCUCUUUCACGAGGCGCGAAAAGUGAUAAGGAGAAGCUCGCGUGCUCUCGAGCGAGUGCGAAGGAUCCGUUUGUAAGGAGGGUGAGAGUGGGGGGAGGAAGAGGAGAUCCAUACGUGGUUCAUGAAACCACCCUUCAGAGAUGGUCAGCCAACACGCGAUGGCCACUACCGUUCGCAAAGUAAAGCAGGAGAAUCGUCUUAGGCGACAGAAUCAGAAUCAAGAUGAGGAGGGACCUUACAAGGCAAUACCACCACCGAAACCGGUGCCGAACAAUCAGAAGAAACAGAACGGGCAGCAGUGGGACGAUCGGCGAGCGGUAGCCUUAGCACAUCCGCAAGUACCAACUUCCGGUACAGAAAGAAGAGACGCGAAUCACGUUGGAACAGAGAUCCGAAAUUCCGGGCAAAUUCCUUUUGCACCGGAAUACAGGAUGCCACCGCUCUACGGAGAGGAACAGAGUUCGAGUCAGGCUCAACAGGCGGCCAGUCUGCAGACUCACAGUAGCAAGUUUCCGAUAGAAAGAGAGGUGGUCCUGUCAUCAGGGGAUAAGAAUUCAAAGAUUCCCAUUCUUCACGAGUACAAACAGAGGACUGCCGGAAGAGUAGCGAUCGCACCGGAUGCUCCUAUCAAGCAGCAGGCUUGGGUACAAGAGGCGAAUCAAAUGCACGAGGUGAGGCAAGAAGCUCAAGCGAGGAACUAUCAAUCGCAAGAAUCGUCAUUAUCGACCACGAGUGGAACGGUCGUAAGAUCGACAAAGAUAGACGAAGAGAAGUCCAAGUCCUUGUCAAGGACCUAUCAUACCAUCAAGGACAUGAUAUCCAGUCGAUUUGGUCAGAAUCGCAAGGACGUCGAACCAGAACCGGAAGCGAGUUUGAACAACGCCGCUGACGAGCUAAGGAAACCUAGUAAGAGUAUCGAGGAGGAAGAAGCGAAAAAGAAGGAAGCCAUUUACGGGAAACCUCGUGCUCAAGAACCUCCUGUCAACAUGCAGCAGUAUCCUAAAAACGCUUACGGUCAAUACGGGCAUUCGUACAGUUACCAGAGCAAUCAACAAAACGUACCACUACCUGGUCAACUUCAGCCGAACUUACCUGGCCAGAGCGCACAGCUUCACGUAACCCAUCAUGCUCCGGUUAGUGGAGUACAGACGGUUCAUCAAACUCAACUACCUUCUUUCGGUCAAUCAACGCCAGGUGGUCAACAGGUGCAAAAUGUCGCCAGAGAUUACGUCGUUCAAGGGACAGUCGAAUUGACGAAUCAACAAUCACAUCAAGGACUUCAUUCGAAUCCUUCUCAGGGACAGGGCCAGAGUAGCACGGUGCAGAAACAGCAGCAGCAACAGCACGGACUACCGAUGCAACAACAACAGCAACAACAGCAACAGCAGCAACAACAACAGCAACAACAGCCACAACAACAACAACAACAACAACAACAACAAGUAGGAAACAGCAUGCAGCACAUGAGUCAACCGUACCAAAGCACCCAACAAUUAAUGCAUCAGAACCAAAAUCAUCACCAAAGUCCACGAUUCGCGCAACAGCACGCUCAGAACAUGCACCAACGUCAGUUGAUUCAGCAGAUGCAUCAGCAACAAAUGGCGGGGCAACAGCAAGGCGGUGCGAGAAGUGCUCAACCACAACCACAACCACAACAACAACAACAACAACAGGCAUAUUUCUCAAACAGUGUAUCGUACCAACAAUAUCAACAAGCUAGACAGGCUAUGUCCAGGUCGCAAAUCGAUCUACCGAGUACCUCUAGACAAACUCAAGAGUUAAGGAUAUCCAGUCAAGAGGUAUAUUAUCAUUAUGCUCAAGGGAGGCCAAGGUACGGUGUACCACAAGUCUACAUGAAGUCGGAAACCAAUCAAGAGGUCGAAUUUCAAAGGCGAAAUUCAGCGAAGGGAAUAGAGAAGGCAGCCUCUCAACCUCAGCUCUCUUACGAAGAGGAACGAGCUAUUAACGAAGCAUCGAGAAAUCCGGUGGUCGAUGGGUUGAAGAAUCACACGAUUGAUCCAUUGGACAAGGAGAAGUACGAGAUAACCGUUGAAGAUCGAGGACAGAACGAGUUUGGUAGGAAUGGUUCCCAAAGAAAAGAGGAUUAUAGGCCGGAAACUAGCUUUGGUAUACAUAGGGACGAAAUGAUAAGAUCCUCGACGAGAGAUCACGAACAUUCUGGGGUUAAUAUUAUUCAACAGGAGACUCAAGAUUCGCCGGAGAAUAUAUCAGUUCAAAAGAGGAUCGAGGAAUUGCAAAGGAGAACCGAACACGAUAAUAACCAUUCGAUUGUUGGUAAAAUAUCGAAAGAAUCCGAUAUGGAAGCAACGAGGAUCGGAGCCAGUUCCAAAACUUUAGGGUUGGACGUUUCGAAGAGACUAGAAGCUGGUUCCUCCUAUUCGGGAAAAGAUUCUGCCACGAAAUCUGACAGUCGAAAGGAUGAACUGGAACAGGGUAUCGCUCGACUUAAGAUUCAAAAUCAAGGAUCUGGUUCGGAUUACGAUAAAGCCGGUCAGAGUUCUUCGAACGUCGAUUCUGGAAGAGGUUCUGCGGUUUAUUCCAGUGGAAGGCGACCACCUCCUGAGGAUCGAAAUUUGACGCAAGCGCAAGACUCCGAAUGGGUCGAUAUAGUGGAAUCCGAAUUGAGGAGCAUUUUAGAACCAAGAGACGUUCCAGCGAUGGCACACUCGACUCUAUCCGAAAGUGUAUCGUCCGUGACACCGCCUUUACCGCCUCUGUCACCCCAUGAAAGCCCACGGACGCCAAGAAAUCGAUACUCGGCGAGCUUGCCUUACGGUUCCAAGCCGAGUUACGGUGAUUAUGGCAAAGCAAUGGAAAAGAGAGGGUUCCUAAGCAGUUCGAAACAUCGCGGUGCUUCUACAUCGAAGAAGGAUUCGAAUAAAAAGUUCUCUCAUCUUUUUGACUGGGAAGUUGCUGAUCUGACGUCUACGACGACCGGACUUGAUUUGGAUUCGAUGCUGGACCGCAGUGAUUCCGAUCUUAGUACCAACGACGCUAGAACGAUCAGGAAGCAAUUGGAGGGCUUGGAAAAUAUGUAUAGCGAGGUAUUGAAACUGUUGGGUGGUAGUGUUAAGAAGAGACGAAAGACGAGAGGUUUGACCAGUUACGGUUCCGUUUCUUCGUUACCAACGUCAUCGGUAUCCUCUAGACCAGUUACGAGACAUCACGAUAAACGCAGAUCGCAUAUGAUCGAUGAUCGUAUGAAAAAAGCCAAAGACAUCAAGAGUAUCAACAAAAGAUUUCAACUGUUGGAGUCUCACGUGGUGACGUUGGCACGUUCGGUGGCACAUCUCAGCUCGGAGAUGAGAACACAGCACAUGAUGAUGCAGGUUUUCGCAGGAAAUGGAGAACAUAAGGGGGGAAAUCGCGGCACUUCGAACCCAAACGAGCAUGGCGAUGGUGAGAUCGCAGUCGCAGCCGUUGAUAAAGGACUCCGAAUUACCGGCUCUGUCCAAUCCGUCGAGGGUGAAAAAACUGACCAAGUUUUUCGGAACGGAACCACCCCUUAUCAGACUCUUCCUCAGGGAACUUGGGUAUGAGAAAUACGCGAGUGCCUUCGAGAAGGAGAAGGUCGGUAUGGUGGAGUUGCCCUACUUGAGCGAGGAGAGAUUACAAAAAAUGGGAAUACCCUUGGGACCAAGGCUGAGAAUCCUACAGGAGGCAAGGAUAUCCGUGUGCAAGGACGCU